CCGUUUGCAAUUCGCACACCUGACUUUGGCUAAGCUGAGCCAUCUUUGAGCAAGCUACUAAAGACUGACACGCUGCCCCCAUCCUGCAAAAGCAUGUUCACACGCGUCUAUCAAACAUUGAAGGAUAUAGAAUAUGCAUUUGUACACUAGAGCGACCCCUCAUGGAAAUAACUGACAAGAAGUAAAGAAGUAGGUGAAGUGAUAGAAAAGUGCAGAAGAGGAUAAGGUAACGCAGACACUGUAGAGGAGAGGAAGCUACACGAAAACGCGAAGCUCCGAAAUGGAUGGAGAUGGGAAAAAGGUAGAAAUGUUUCAAGUUGAUUCAUGCCAAGAUGCAUAUCAAUUCGGAUUUUUAAUUGGCAAAAGAUUCUCUAAACUCAUAAAGACUAGGCUUGCCACUGACUUCAUUCUUCAUAAUCAGCUUCUACCUUUUGCCAAUAAUACCCUUCAAUCCCAAUCACUCCUCCAAACCCUUUUCGAUAAUAAUAAAAAAAAAUUUCCAAGAUAUUGGGAUGAGCUCUUGGGUACUGCAGCAGGCAGCGCGGUGCCUCUUCUUCAUAUUUUACUUAUCAACUUCAGGAAGGAGAUUCUUGCGUUCAUUCCAAAAGAAGGAGCAAAGAGUUCCAGUGCAGAUACCUUGGAUGACUGCUCUGAUGUUCUUGUUGUGGGUGAAUCUAUGGCCAUUGCGGCGCACAAUGAGGAUGCAAAUGUUGCGCUUGUUGGCCACACCUAUUUAAUCAAAAGAAUCUUGCCGGAUGGAAUGUUCUUCGUUGGUUACACUUAUGCUGGAGAGCUUCCAAGCUGUGCCUUUGGCUUCAAUAGCCAUGGACUGGCCUUCACUCUGGAUUCUGUACCGCCGGUUGAAGAUGAGAUCAUGGCCGGUGGCAUAGGUCGCAACUUCAUCUCUCGAGACAUUCUUGAAUCUACAUGCAUAGAGGAUGCCAUCAGUCGGAUCCGGUCAUCAGAAAUUUCUGUGGGGCAUUGCUACAACUUAAUUGAAACAAGUACACGCAGAAUACUCAAUGUAGAAACUGCCUCUAGGAAGCGGGAUUCAGUUUUUGAGGUGGGGGAAUCACCUUUCUUCCAUGCAAACAUGUAUCUCCACCUACAAAUUAAUCAGGUACAUGAUGAGAACUCAAUCAGCAGGCAGAAAAGGGCAGCUGCCCUGCCCAAAAAGACAAAAGAGGAUUUCCUGUCACUAUUAGGAGAUGCAGAUGACAGAAAAUACCCCAUCUACAUGACAGGUCCACUGCUUCACACGCUCUGCACUGCUGUUUUUGAUCUGGACGAACACACACUAUCAAUUAUUGAAGGGAAUCCUAAAAAAGGAGAUGUUUCUUAUGUCUUCUCUAUCAAACGUUGCCAUGUAAAUGAUAGAAGGGAAGAGUAGCCCUUAUGGAUCUGCACGACUUGGUCACUUGUGGCCAAGUGGUAGAGGCUGUUGAAAUGGUUAGAAGGUGACAAAUGAUCAAACAGAAGGAGGGCAUGAGAGAAAUAGGAAAGUACUUGGGGUUGGGCGAGUGCAAGAGGGCGAGGAGGAGAAGACCAAAUUGAAGUUCGGCCCAGCGGAGAGUGCACAUGUUGGUGCUGAACCCCAACCCUUCGG